UGGCAAAUUCGUCCGCGCGACGCUGCCACCAAUUUAGCUAGUUACUGUCGCGUUCACCUCCACGCGUGCAAGGCGACCCUCAAGUUAUCAACCCAUCCACCUCUUCGCCGUGGUCCAUCUCUCAACCAUUCCACACGGCCAUUGCAUCCGGGCCAGCGCGACAAAAUGGCAGCCAUUGAGAGUUUCGAUAAUAUCUACUUGGACCUGUCGCGGGAACAUGGCAAGUGCAGGUUCGCGGAAAAUGGCCUUGGUUGGAAGCCCGCGGGCGGUGGCGACACCUUCACCCUCGACGCAAGCAACAUCGGUGGCGCACAAUGGAGCCGAGCGGCCAGAGGUUACGAGGUGAAAAUUCUGCAGCGGAAUACCGGCGUCAUCCAACUCGAUGGCUUCAAACUAGAGGACUACGAGCGCCUCAGCAAGAUCUUCAAGAACUGGUACAGCGCCAAUCUGGAGAACAAGGAGCACUCGCUACGCGGGUGGAACUGGGGCAAAGCCGAGUUUGGAAAGGCCGAGCUCACAUUCAACGUGCAGAACCGGCCUGCCUUCGAAAUCCCCUAUUCGGAGAUCUCCAACACCAACCUUGCCGGUCGCAACGAGAUCGCGGUCGAAUUUUCCGUCGCCGAUACCGGCAAGUCAAACGGACAGAAUGGCGCGACACCAGGGAAGGGCAGGAAGGCGGCAGCCGGAAAGGAUCAGCUCACCGAGAUGAGGUUCUACAUCCCCGGCACGACGACCAGGAAGGAGGCUGAAGGCGGUGAGGCCGGGAGCGAUGUGGACGAGGAAGAGAAGAACGCCGUCACGCUGUUCUACGACACCCUCAUUGAGAAGGCUGAGAUUGGAGAGACGGCGGGUGACACCAUCGCCACCUUCCUGGACGUGCUCCAUCUUACGCCAAGAGGCCGGUUCGACAUCGACAUGUACGACGCUUCGUUCCGUCUCCGUGGCAAGACGUACGACUACAAGAUCCAGUACGAGGCUAUCAAGAAGUUUAUGGUCCUCCCGAAACCCGACGAUACCCACUUCAUGCUCUGUAUUGGGCUGGAUCCGCCGCUCCGGCAGGGUCAGACCAGGUACCCCUUCCUUGUCAUGCAGUUCAAGCAGGACGAGGAGGUGACCUUGGACCUCAACCUCUCGGAAGAGGAGCUCAACGGCAAGUACAAGGACAGGCUGCAGCCUCAUUACGAGCAGCCCAUACACCAGGUUGUCGCGUACAUUUUCAAGGGCUUGGCCAACAAGAAGAUCACGGCGCCUGCGAAGGACUUCACGACGCAUCGCCAGCAGUAUGGCAUCAAGUGCUCGAUCAAGGCCAGCGAGGGUUUCCUGUACUGCCUAGAAAAGGCCUUCAUGUUCGUGCCAAAGCCGGCAACCUACAUCUCGUACGAGCAGACGCAGUCGAUCACUUUCUCUCGCGUCAGCGGUGCCGUGUCGGCGCUGUCGACCUUUGAUAUCACAGUACACAUGAAGUCGGGCGCGGGGUCAUCCCAAUUCAGUAACAUUAACCGUGAAGAUCUGAAGGCGCUCGAGGACUUUUUCAAACUCAAGGGCUUGCGCGUGAAGAACGAGAUCGACGAGGAGUCCACGCUCAUGGCCGCGGCGCUGCGGGACGAGGCCAUGGCCAGCUCGGACGAGGAGGUUGUUGGUGCCAAAGCCGACCGCGGGUCGGCAGACGAGGACGAGGAGAGCAUAGACGAGGACUUCCAAGCCGAAUCUGAGAGCGACGUUGCCGAGGAGUAUGAUAGCAAUCACGAAAGCGACGGGUCCGGCAGUGAUGAGAGUGAUGUCGACAACGAGGUAGACGAUGAGGAGGAUGAGGAUCUGGAUGACGAGGAAGAGGAGGAGGAGGAGGAGCGACCGAAGAAGAAGAAGAAGACUGGUUAAGAGACCAUCAAAACUUUGGGGAAUCAUGGGGAGGAGGGCCAGCCAGGAGGUAAGCUAAGCCGGUGAAGGCCUAGGCAAUCAGGGUUGGUGCACUUGUGUGAGCUCGGCUUUCGUGUGAUCGAGUGCGAUUUACAGGAUGGCGUUCAGGGAUGGGAAUCAGCAGCAUGAAAUUCCUACAAUGUUUUUUCUAUUUUAAGCCGAUAAAAUGUGUGCUUGGGUUGGCCUUUACGAAUUGAAGAUGCCCCAAUGAAGAUGCCCUACGGUGUUAAGUCUUUUGCCAUACAGCUGCC